CCUCCAUAAAUUUGUACGCAACUUCAAAAUAAAACUAUAUUCGUGCUGAAGACUCGCGGUUCGGGUUUGUCGUUGCUUCAUUUUAUAGAGAUCCAUAACCGGAAGUGUCGUUUCCAGCUUGACGGCGCUGAAAGGCUGCCAAACAGAGGCUGACUGAUGCUGCCCGCUGCGGUCUCCCUCAAUGAGCCGAGGCCGAGCUGAACUUUCACAUCUCCUCCUCCGCCGUCUGGGUCCAUAGAACCGAACCCGAAAAAACGCUUCUUUUUUUUCCUCAGAUGCUCCACAGCCAUUUUAAACUGAGCAUCCCUCUGUGGGAGAUCUGAAAUAAUAAUAAUAUUACUAAUAAAAAAAAAUUAAAUAAAAUCCCUCCGGGUCUGCGGGAGGAGCGGGUCUGAACUGAGGAGAUGCCUGACGGGUGGCUCGGUUCUUCUGGGCAUCCCGAGCAUCGAUUAGCGGAGAAAUGCUGAAGUUUAGCGGCAGCUCGGUGGUCGCGGCGCUGCUCAUCGCGGUGGUUUUCGGCGCUUUCUUCUUCUGCGAGUAUCUCAUCUACUUCCCGACCAUCCUCAAGUGCGCCUGGCCGAAGCUGAGCCGUGCCCGGGGCGGAGAGGGCACCGACGGGCGGCCGGCGGACGCAGCGGUCCGCGCCAUGGUGCUUUCGGACACCCACCUCCUCGGAGCGGUGGGGGGACACUGGUUCGACAAGCUCAGGAGGGAAUGGCAGAUGGAGCGGGCUUUCCAGACCGCGCUGUGGCUGCUCAAGCCCGAAAUAGUCUUUAUUCUCGGGGAUAUCUUCGACGAAGGCAAGUGGAGCUCCCAGAAGCACUGGGAGGACGACGUGCGCCGCUUCCACAGGAUGUUCAGGCACUCCUCGGACACAGAACUGGUCGUACUGGUCGGCAAUCACGACAUCGGGUUCCAUUAUGAGAUGGACUGGUUCAAGCUGCAGCGCUUUGAGAAGGUCUUCAACGCCUCCUCCACCAGGAUUGUUACCAAAAAGGGAGUCAAGUGAGUGACAGGAAGUAGAAAAGCAUAAAAUGCUGCAGCCAUCAGUUAGGCUUCUUCACAAGAAAAAAAUACACAAUAUUAUUUAGUUUCUAGUAAAAGUCACUCUACACCUAUUGUAAAAGUUCUCAGACUUUUCCUCCCUAUUUUAAGAGAUGGAUUUUUUAAUAAAGGGGGGUUCUGUUGAGAUGCUAUGAGCGGUUAGUAGCUUACCCAGUUUUAUUUCUCUCUAAAUACAUUUAAGU